AUGUUGAAGAUUGUGAGGCUACAGGCACUCGUAUGCCUCCUGUGUUUUCAAUUGGCCACAGCCCAGGGCUUUCGUGCGCUGAGGCGAGAUGACAAUUCCAUCUCAUCGCCCACUGCUUCAUUACCCAGCCCAGAGCCAAGUUCCCAGCACUCAGUUACCAAAGAACCGGAUGACAAGCACAGACAAACAGAGAGCCCUCGAGAGCCAACCAUCACAAAGGCUCCCGAGACAACUACCUCUGUAGAACCGACAAUCCAAAUCACAACCACGUUGAUUGCUCUGGAGGCCCCUCUUGAUAGCUCGACCUUGUUUAACACAACGAUCCCGGCGGGCCAUCUACCAAUCCAACCUAUCAUAACUCCAGGAUGGAGUGUUGCCGGCGUCAUUUUGAUGCUCACCGGUCUUGUCUACACCUUGGUAGGCAUCAAAAAUCGAUGGAUCAACUGUUUCUUCUCGACCGCCUUUAUCACUGCACUCGGAAUCUCGGUUCUUAUCGUCUACAUCAUGAAUGUCCCAGUCAGCCUGGGUAUUCAGGGAGCAUAUGUCGUUGCCGUUACCUUGUCUGGUUGUGCGCUAGGCGGAGCAUCGCUGAUCUUCAAAGAAUUGACUGAAGGUUUGGGGUGUGCUCUGGGCGGCUUUUGUCUCAGCAUGUGGUUCCUCUGUCUGGCGCCGGGAGGCUUGAUCCAUGAUACGGUUGGUAAAGCCGUCUUCAUCUCCUGCAUGUCUGUCUUUGGCUUCUGCUUUUAUUUCAGUCGCUAUACUCGAGAUUGGGCCAUGAUUUUCUUGAUGUCGUUUGGAGGCGCGACGGUCAUCGUUUUGGGCAUUGACUGCUUCAGCAGGGCCGGACUGAAAGAAUUCUGGGCCUAUGUCUGGAAUCUCAAUGAUAAUCUCUUCCCCCUCGGUGCAGACACCUAUCCCAUCACAAGAGGCAUUCGAGUCGAGAUUGCAGCCAUCGUCAUAAUCUGUCUGAUUGGAAUUGUUUCCCAAGUGAAACUUUGGAAAGUGGUUCGAGAGAAGCGCGAAAAAAAGGCCGCAGGUCUUGCUGAGAGUCGGAGAUACUUGGAAGAGGAAGAAGCGAUUGUUGGCCGCAACAUUGAAGCGCAAGCAGCAAGAGAACGAGUUGAGUGGGAAAAGGUCUAUGCAGGCAGAGUCCUGGUCAACAGCAAAAGUACUGCUUCACAAUACUCGGAUGGCACCGAUGGUGCCAGUAAUAGCAAGGGCUCUCCCGCUGGAUACUCUGGAUCUGCCUAUACAAGCUCCAAGGCUGAUGGUAUCGAGAUGACGGACUUUCCAGAUUCAAGUGGGCUUGUGUACUCUGAAAAGGCCGAGGGCGUCAAAGUCAUGGUGCGAGUGGCUGCAGAUGAAAUAAUCGAGUCGCCAAACGACAAUGAAGAUGAGAUCAAGGAGAAAAAUGUAACACUCCCAGACUCUGACGCAGUGUCUUAUGAUGGCGAGAGAUCCGCUUCAGACAGAAAUGUGGCCAAAGGGAAGCAGCUCUCCCAAGCAAGCUCGGAGGCCAAUGGUAACCCUCAACAGAAACACGUCACAGUGGCACCUGAAGUUGUGCCCCUGCCCUUCAAGAUUCCGGUCGAAGACGACUUAAAAUCCAUUGGUGAUCGGUCUUCUGUUGCAACUUUCGCGGACGAUGAAGCUAUCGCACCUGCAUCCCUCCCGCGAGAUUCUCUUGUCAAGAGGGUCUCACAGAGUUCGGUCACGCUUCUGAGAAGUUUAUCCCAGCAGAAGAAUAAAGUUUCCUCUGAGCGUCAAUUAGAGACUGGCGAAAGUUCUGAAGAGUUAGUUGAGCCGGCUGUCAUCCCUCAUCACGAUGAUGACCAGUCGUCCCUGGCUGCAACUGUUGACUACGACAGCAUGAGCGACGACGAUGCACAUAGCUCAGUCAUUGGCAAUGAGCAAAGAAAGAGUAUUGAGAUUAAUGCAGAGCUUGGCGAUGCUGAAGAGACCGGAGAACCCAAAAAGGCCCAAACAGAAAUUGUGGCUGAGAACAAUGCUAGCAAGACAGAUGAUGAGGCAUCUCAAAACGAUGCCGAGCAAGAUAUCGCGCCCGAAUUAGACGCAGAGCUACAACAAAAAGAUGUCGAGCGAAGCGGAAUGGAAAAGAAUCAGGAAAAGGAUAAAGAGAGCUUAGAAGCUAAAACUGAAGAUGCGGCCGACGUUGACGAAGAAACUUCGGUGCCUCGAGAACAGGAAUCUACAGCAACCGCGAGCAAUGGCGCCGAGGCUCUAAAGCCGCUCGAGCCCACUGAAAAGGCCACAUCGCUUUCUUCAGCGACCUCGAAUGUUGUUAGUUUGACCAAGGACCGAUUGCCUGAAUCUUUGUCCAGAGUUGCACUUUCGUAUAGAACGAACGAGUGGACCAAACAUCUCAGUCAUGCGGAUACCCCGGAACCUGAAGCCAUCUAUAUCGAGCCGUACGCAUCGGAACAAGAUGCUCAAGAAGUCCCCAGAUAUGUCGACGUAGAGGACCUUCAGAGGACUGUCGCUGGCGAUAUCAUCUCUCCCCCGGCCGCUAAGAUAUCGAAUUCUAAGACAGCACAGGUCUCUUUUGCUCAACCAAACCCCAGAAACGGUAAAAAGAAGCACCAUCUUUCUAAUGUGGUUAUUUCAACUGCAGCGCCUUCAAGUGUUGUGAGCCCCAAUGGAAGCCCCAGAUCGCCCACCAUGGAUGCCUCCCUCCAGCCGGCUUCACCAACCCUGAGACGUACGUCCACAGGAUUUUCUCCAAUUGUCGAAGAGCAGGAUGGCAUACAGGCAGCUGGCGUGCCCAUUUCCGAAGAGGCGAUGCAACAAGACCGUAUCCAAUCGAAUUCGACACCUUUCCGGCCGAUAGUGCCUCGCGUUGUAUCUUUUUCUAAUCCUCAUACCUUGCUUGGUCAACGAGAGUCUGUCCUCCGGAGUAGGUCACAGGGUAAUCUUGUUUACAACGUGUCCGAGUUUCCUAUAGAUACGCAAGGAUCUGUUGGUGAUGCAGAGUCGCUCUACAACUACCCUGUAUACAAUCGAGUGCUAAGUCCCGACCCUGAUGAUCUUCCACUCAGUCGACGGAGAGAAAUACUACGUCAGAGUAGCAUGGCGAAUCUGCCGCCAUCGAAUUUCAGACUGAACCGCACCAGUAGCGGUGUUGAGGUUUCCGGCAAUACGCAUUUUAACUCUCAUCAGCCGAAGAGAGAAUCCAUGGUCUCAGUAGUAGCUCGGGAGACAAAACUCGCCAACUUCAGACAGUCUAUAGCUCACGACCUUCAGUCUAUGACUCCUGGUGUACCCGGCAACAUGGGGCGUGAGACACCUUUUGCAUCGACAUCUACUCUUAUUGACGACAUAGAAGUGCAGCGCACCAUAUUGAUGGAGAAGAAGGAAGCCGAAAUGCAGCGGAGGGAGAUGCAGAGACGCCAAAAAGAAUGGAAUGAUCGCAUGUUUGACAGCCGUAUGCGGAGCGGUGAUCUCCUGGAUGCACAUCGAGAAGUCAUACGCAAGAUGCAGAGUUCUGCAAGAGAUGCAUAA